AUGUUGAACAGUCGCUCACAAUGUUAUCGUCUUGUCUCGGAAGCAUUUAGCCCACCGCGGCGAUCCAUUACACAAUCGCGUCAAUUAGAAGAUUUAAAACAGCUUUACGAAUUAUUAAAACACGAAUCUCAAUCAUCAACGUAUCCAUACUCGGAAAAGAUAAAUCCUAAUGGCAUUUUCGCUAAUAAUGAAUUAGACUUACAAAAAAUCAAAGUCUAUGGUUUCGAUUUUGAUUAUACUCUAGCACGAUAUAAACCAACAUUGCAUUCGUUAAUAUAUGACAAUGCGAAGACAUUUCUCGUUAAAAAUUUACGAUAUCCUGAUGCGUUGAUGAACUUUUGUUACCGGCCAGGUAUGGGUGCACGUGGUCUGCAUUUAGAUAUCAAACGUGGAUGGUUGAUGAAAGUGGAUAGUUAUCAUAACAUCCAAUUGGGAACUGUCUAUCAUGGUAUGCGAGCUGUGUCCGAUGAAGAAGUACUUGCUGCACAUCAUGGUACGAAAUUAACAAUCGAUGUCGUGGGUUAUUUGGGACGAACAUCGAAUAUGUUUCAAUUUGUUGAUAUAUUUUCAAUUCCUGAAAUAACCCUUUUGCGUGAUGUUACUCAAUAUUUUAUUGAUAAUUCAAUUCCGUUCGCUACAGAAUAUGUGCAUUAUGAUGUCCAGGAAGCCGUCAGUGCUUUUCACAAGAGUGGAGCAAUGCAUCGCAUUGUGGGAAACAAUGUUGAAACAUACUUUGAAGAGAAUGCUCGCUUGAAAACAUUUCUCCAACGUCUUCGUGAUGCGAACAAGCAAAUUUUUAUAAUUACAAAUAGUGCCUAUUGGUAUGUCAAUCGUGGAAUGAGUUAUUUGCUUGGGGAAAACUGGCAAGACUUUUUCGACGUCAUUAUAUGUCAAGCACGGAAGCCGUCGUUCUUUGCUGAACAGAAAAGACCAUUCCGUGAGAUUGAUGUAGACAAAAAUUCCAAAUUAUGGGCUCGAGUGCAGAAACUCGAACAUGGAAAAGUUUACGUGGAAGGUAAUUUGACAAAUUUGAUCUCGAUGACCAAUUGGCAAGGUAAUGAUGUGCUAUACAUUGGUGAUCACAUCUAUGGUGAUUUAGCGGAUUUGUUUUUGAAGUACGGUUGGAGAACCGGUGCAAUCCUAGAAGAAGUCGAAGAUGAAAUCAAUAUCAUGAAUUCCGAUGCAUUUCAAAAGACAAUUCGAUGGUUAACUGUUCUUCAGUGGCUCACUAAUAAAUUACAAGUAAUUCCUGGUCCAGAAGCAGAUCUUGUUAUGAAGAAUUGGCUAGUCGAGCAAGAUGCUGAACGAGCGAAAUCUCGUGAUCUUCUCAAUCCUUAUUUCGGAUCAAUUUUCCGUACACAUACAGUUCCUACUUAUUUUCAUCGACGUUUAGCGCGUUUUGCCGAUGUCUACACAUCGAAUGUUUGCAAUUUCCUCAGUUAUCCACUUGAUUACAUAUUCUUUCCACGUCGUUUGGCUUUACCGCAUGAAAAUGUUUUACCAACACCGGAUCUCAAUCUACUCCUGAUGAAAAGCGUUCGCCAAGCAAUGCGCUUUCGAACCACUUGA